UUUUAGAUUUAAUCCCAACACGCCUUCUGUUGCAUUAGGAGGAUGGGUUACAUUAGCGGUUUCCACUGACUUCAUUGGUGUAGACGUUUAUUUGUGCAAGUUAGUAUUUUGGCAGCCCAAAUAGAGGUACAUACAUGUAAAAAAUUAGACUCAAACGAGAUUUUGAGUCAUUUUUCUGCAUCCUGUUCAACUAGCCAUGCUGACUCGAUGAUUCUGAGCGCGAUUUGUUUGGUCUGGGUUAAACGCGGCUUGUUUGACAGAAGGGAAGUGGCUCAACAUGAAGGAGUUUCACUUGUUUACUUGUAAAACCAAGAGCAAAGUGUGCCAAAUUCAGAAACUUUUUUGAUUUUUGCCGGAAUAAUGGCGUCUGUAAUGGAGGAUCCCACUCUUGAGAGACAUUUUAAAGGUCACAAAGAUGUUGUUUCCUGCGCCGACUUCAGCCCCAAUAAUAAACAGCUUGCUACUGGGUCCUGUGACAAGAACCUUAUGAUCUGGAACCUCACUCCUAAAGCCAGGGCGUUCAGGUUUGUGGGUCACACAGAUAUCAUUACAGGUGUCCAUUUUUCUCCAAGUGGUUCCUUGGUGGCAUCUUCAUCCAGAGACCAGACAGUUCGACUGUGGACACCCAGCAUAAAGGGCGAGUCGACUGUGUUCAAAGCCCACACAGCGAGUGUUCGAAGCGUUCAGUUCUCCAGCGAUGGCCAAAGGCUGGUCACGGCUUCAGAUGACAAGUCUGUGAAAGUGUGGGGUGUCGAACGGAAGAAAUUCCUCUACUCUCUCAACCGGCACACCAACUGGGUGCGCUGUGCGAGGUUUUCACCAGAUGGUCGUCUUGUUGCUUCCUGUGGAGAUGACAGGACGGUUCGCCUCUGGGAUACAUCCUCACGGCAGUGCAUCAACAUUUUCACAGACUAUGGAGGGUCAGCAACAUUUGUGGACUUCAAUUCCAGUGGCACAUGCAUUGCGUCAUCAGGAGCGGACAACACAUUAAAAAUCUGGGAUAUUCGUACAAACAAGUUGAUACAACAUUACAGAGUUCAUAGUGGUGGGGUCAACUGCUUUUCCUUCCAUCCAUCUGGAAACUAUCUGAUCAGUGGUUCGAGCGACACUACAAUGAAGAUCUUGGACCUCCUGGAGGGGAGGCUCAUUUACACCCUUCACGGCCACAAGGGUCCAGUAUUGGCUGUUGCGUUUUCUCGAGACGGAGAUCUGUUUGCUUCAGGAGGUGCUGAUUCUCAGGUUCUCAUGUGGAAGACCAACUUUGAUUCGCUGAAUUACAAAGAUGUGUUGAGCAGGCAUAGCAAACGAGUCACUCCAGAUCCCCCUCCACACCUGAUGGACAUCUACCCUCGAUCAUCUCACCGACACAGUGCUCAGAAUGGCACGGUAGAGAUUAAUCCCAUUGUUGCUGAUACUCAGUCUGGUGACCCUCAGGUGGUUGAAGUGGGACGUGUUCUUUUCUCCACAGCGGAUGUUAGAAGCCAUGACAGUGCAACAAGCAGCAGAGAUCAGCCCUUCUCAGGUCCAAAUCGGGCUCAUACGCGACCCAGAGAAGAGGAGGAUGAAGACCAAGAAGAAAGGUUUGCCAGCGGUAUGACAACAUCUAGAGAAGAGUGCUUGGGUAUCCCAUCAAGCCUUACUAGCACUCUGGAGAACAUUGUGCAGCAGUUGGACAUCCUGACCCAGACCGUUGCCGUCCUUGAGGAGCGCCUUACCUUGACCGAAGACAAACUGAGGACAUGCCUGGACAACCAGGUCCUGCUUCUGCAACAGACGCAACAAGUGGACGAAUCUGAUGAGGAAGCCGAGGGACCAUCUGCGUGAGGGAUACCCUGGUGGUCCUCACUUCAGUGGUAACUUCCUCUGGCCUGCAGAGGGGGACACACCAAAUCCCUUUUUUUUUUAUUUUAGCUUAAAGACAUCCAGCUGUGUCAUUCCGAAUGAGAACAUUGGACUUAACAAUGCAAAAAAAGAUGAAAAGACACAAAGCAGGAUGAGGGAAGGGCAAGAAGGGGAUUUGAGGGAUCAUACAGCAGUCUCACCCAAAAAAAAAAAAAGUCAUGGUAAGAGGACAGCUGCAGCUAAGACAACAUCCCGGUCAUGUUUGGACAGCAGCGAGCAAGACAUAUCAGGAAAGAGACUGAUGGAACAGACAAACAUGCACAGAUUUUUACAGUAGCUAUCCAAACUGGUUUGUCUGCUGCAUCACAUGUGUUAUGUAAAUAUAGACCACUAUGAAUGAAUUACAUCUUGAGUCUCUGGUGUGAUUAAGGCAGCAUGAAUGGUUUGUGCAUGUGCAUGUAAGGCCGAGUAAGUGUCCUCAGAGACACUCGCUGCCUUGUUUACUCUCUCUCAAUCAGCCGCAGCCUUGUGGCUUUCCUCUGGGUGGAGGUCAGACGGAAACAGGGAGCCAAUCGACAGAAGGGCCCAGCGGUUCUUGUUUGCUUUGCGUACCGCAUCCUUCUGUGUCCAACAGCUCUGCUAAACUCUUCCUGACAGUCUUACAUAAAAACAAUGCGUCCAGUGAUAGUGAAAACAAAUCGUUUAGACCAGUUUCCCAAAGUUCUAGGGUCAAAUCGUUGAAGAUUACAAACCACUCUGAUUAAUCACCUAUGUAUAUGUAAAGAAUUUGUCAUAAACACAACAAAAACAUUCCAGCAUGUGACUGUUGUUGUUUCUACAAACCACUUCCUGUGCAGCACAGAGUCUUGUACAGACAGCAGGUGUGCUUGCGACCUCUCUGUGCACAACACAAGCCCCUUGUCUCCGGUGGGGCACCAAAAAAGGGCUAGAGCAGCCAACUCAUGAAUGAAGAACAAAGAGAAGAUAAUAGAAACGUAUGCAUGUGUGCCUGUGUGAGGCUGCCUGCUCGAGCAUGUGCCUAUGUUUAUGGAUUUGCGCGCAUGCAGGUUCUUGCAAGACCCACAUAUGGUAAAGUGGUUGCUUGCUUACGAGGCAAGGGAAGGUAAACAUUAUCUUUAGCUCCCCCACAGACAUCAGAGGACUAGUUCUUCGUCCUGUUAGCCAGGCCUGGUUGGCAUUGAAUCAGAGCACUUUGAGGAAAUUCCCUGUGACCUUCUGUUCAAGGGAAAAUAAGAUAAAGAUGGAGUAAUGGAAAAGAGCUCGCUUGUAUUGUUUCUGCAAUGGCACCUGCACAAAAAGACUCUUGCUCCAUUUUUUAACUUAGGGGGGGACGUCUGUUCAGAGGUUUUCCCUUUCGACAAAUAUAGAUGGUUUUAUGGAGCGGAAAGUUUAAAGAUAGGUAUACACCUGUUGUGGGUCGGAGACCUUACUGAAGUGGAAGUUUCCGAACUGGGGAGAGAAACCCUGAUUCGAGCAAUGUGGGGUUGGAGAAAGGAUUAAAACACUUUGCUUGAAAGAUGCUUGGCCCGUUGAAUUUGGGGACCGGAAUGAUGUGCUGUAAAGGUUUCGGUCUUUAAGGCUGAAUUGGAUUUACUCCCUUUAGUCUUGUUAUAAAUCCCUCAUGCACUUAUCAUAAAAAUCUGUGGCUCACGCCAUGACCUUUAAAACACUCGUUCCCAUUCACAUCUGUUUUAAAAUGUCUUCACACCUGUUUUUUUUUUUGAGAGGGGUGUUUUCCAAAACCAGAUGGCUUUGCCCCGCUCAUGAUUAUUUUUGUACACUGGUUCCAACUUCACAUGAAAUAUUGAGUUGUAAAAUAGAAAUGGUUAUUGUCCUCUAAAAAGACUUUAAAAAAAAAAAACAUCAAAACAACGGACAGAAUAAAAAAAUCAAAGUUGCAUUUAAAAAACAGUGAAGUAAAAUCUGUUCAGAUUUUUUUUUUUCAGAAUUGUGAGAUAUAAAACAGAAUUAUUAUAAAGUCACAAUUUUGCAUCUCUUAAUUCUGAUGUUUUUCUCGCAAUUCUUUUUUCUCGCAAUUGCAAGUUUAUUUCUCGUAAAUCAGACUUUUUUUUCACAAUUCUGACUUUUUUGUGAGAUAUAAAUUGAUAUAAAUAUAAAAUUACUUAACUCAUAAUUUUGUGUUAUUAAGUGACAAUAAAGAGAAAAAAAGUCAAUUACAAGAUAUAAACUUGCAAUUUAGAGGAAAAAAAAUCAGAAUUGUGAGUUUAUAUCUCGCAAUUCUGACUUUUUUUCUCAGAAUUCUGACUUCACUUAUCAGAAUUGUGGGACAGUCACAAAAAUGUCAUAAUUGUGAGAUAAAAAAUCGUAAUUGCGAGAAAAAAACUCAGAAUUGUCACUGUAUCUCGCAAUUCUGACUUUGUUUCAGAAUUGAACGUUUAUUUUUCACAUUUUGACUUAACUCGGAAUUGCAUGUUAUAAAGUCAGAAUUGCCACAGUACUCACAAUUCUGAGAAAAAGUCAGAGUUGUGAAUUUAUAUCUCGCAAUUUUGUCUUUAUUUCUCAGAAUUUUGACUUCAUUUUUCAGAAUUGUGAAACAAUUGCAUCACAAUUGCGAGAUAAGUCAUAAUUGCGAGAAAAAAACAUCAUAAUUGUGACUAUAUCUCGCAAUUCUGACUUUAUUUUAUAGAAUAGCAUAUUUAUAUCUCACAAUUCUGAGAAAAAUUUCAGAAUUGUAAGUUUAUAUCUCGUAAUUCUGACUUUAUUUCUCAAAAUUCUUACUUCAGUUAUCAGAAUUGACAAAAAUGUCACAAUUGCAAAAUAAAAAAAAAAAUCAUAAUUACGAGAAAAAAACUCAUAAUUGUCACUAUCUCUUACUUUUCUGACUUUAUUUCUCAGAAUUGGCCAUUUAUUUUUCACAUUUUGACUUAACUCGUAAUUGCAUGUUAUAAAGUCCAGAAUUGCGAGUUUUAAUUAGAUAAAAUAGAUUAAAACUUGCAAUUCUGAGAAAAAAGUCACAAUUGCGAGAUAAAAACUCACAAUUUUCAGAAAAAGUCAGAGUUGUGAAUUUAUAUCUUUCAAUUUUGUCUUUAUUUCUCAGAAUUCUGACUUGAUUUUUCGAAACAGUCAACAAAAAAGUCACAAUUGCGAGAUAUUGACUAUUUCAUAGGAUUGCGCAUUUAUAUCUCAUAAUUCUGACUUUAUAACUCACAAUUGCGAGUUUAUAUUUCACAAUUCUGAGAAAAAAAAGUCAGAAUUGUGAACUUAAAAAGUCACAGUUACUUUUUUAUUUUUUUUAUUUAGUGGCGGAAACAGGCUUCCAUAUUGAGUAAUUAAAAUCCAGUGAAGAAUAAAAACUGCAACAUAUUAAUAGUGCUCGCUGUUAUUAAUAACAGCAUUUGCACUAUUUUUACCACAGCUGAUGGAAUCUUGUAGGCGUUUGCAGAGGGUUGAAAAUUUGCAAUGGAAAUUAGGAUGACAUAAUGAAUGAAAAACAAUGGCUUGGGUUAACACGCACUGUUAAAGUGUCAAAAUCUCUUUAAAAGAGCUCUUUUAAAAGGUGUGAUCGGCUAAUAACCCCCCACCCAGCUACUUUCCUCCUUUGCUUUUCCCCAGAAUCUUAAAAAACAAGUCUUCCUGCUAACCGAAAACCCCCUGUGCUCUUAUCCCAACAGUUUUUUUAAGCCCAACGCCUUUUGAAGUCACACAUUUGCACGGCCUGUAGCAAAUCCUUUGACCCCAAGUGUGUUUUAGUUUUCUUUGAUUAAAUAACACAAGGAGCCUGAUGGGUUUUCAGAAGAGACAUGUCAAGUUCAAAAGACGCAGAGGUGUGUUGAUUACAACAGCUGCACUUAAUAAAAUCUCAGAGGAACAUGAAAAGAGUGUGUUUUUGUUUCACACCAAACAAGGUUUUGUUGUUGUUACAUAUUGUUAUGUCUGUCUGUUUGCUUUUUUAAAAUGUUUUGUCU